AUGGAAUAUGAUUUUCACAGAAAGAGGACAGUAAAAUCGGUCUUACAAGCAAGCUGUUAUAAAGUGGCAGAUGCUGCAGAACUUGCUUUGCUGACAAGGCGUUUGUGCCAGGAAAUGGGACAGACAAACCUGCCUCUCCUUGAAGACAUCCCUUGGUGUCACACUUUAACUCUGCGGCCAGCGGUCACUGUUGAAAGCAGGCUGAUCGCAUCAGUACAGACAUUAGAGGCUGAAAGGAUGUUUGAAUCCAAAAGAUUGAAUAAGAUUGACCUUGAAAACAAGACUGCGCAGCAAACUGAGUCUGACCUGAAGGGCAAGAGAAUUGGUGCAAGAAGGCCACUUCCACCCUUCUGA